AUGGAGAUUGUGUACGUGUAUCUCAAGAAGCGCAGUGAGUUUGGGAAGCAAUGCAACUUCUCAGACCGCCAGGCCGAGCUCAACAUCGACAUCACGCCCAACCCCGACCUGGCCUUGCAGUUCGUGGAGCGCAACCCAGUGGACAAGGGCAUCCAGUGCUCCGCCAGCAUGUCGGAGCACGAGGCCAAUACAGAGCGCUUCGAGAUGGAGACUCGGGGAGUUAAUCACGUCGAGGGGGGCUGGCCCAAGGACGUGAACCCCCUGGAGCUGGAGCAGACCAUCCGAUUCCGCAAGAAAGUGGAGAAGGAUGAGAACUACAUCAACGCCAUCAUGCAGCUGGGCUGCAUCAUGGAGCACUGUAUCAAGCAGAACAAUGCCAUCAACAUUUACGAGGAGUAUUUCGAUGACGAGGAAGCUGUGGAGGUGACCGAGGAGGCCCCUUCGGCCAAAACACUCAAUGUGUUCAGGGUAGGGACAGAGCCAAGGAGGUAGAAGAGGGGAUCCUGGCUCCUUCGCCACCCCCACCUGUAGAGGUUAAACCAGUUGACCCUGUCUUUUCUGUUCCAGCCUGAUGUGACUUUUUUUUCUUCCCAUUCUAUAGAAAACCCCAAUAGGCCUGAGAUUGCCUUGAAGCCCUCCUCUCCGCUCGUCACCUUGGAGUACAACCCCAAAGACACCCACGUGCUCCUGGGGGGCUGUUACAAUGGGCAGAUAGCCUUCUGGGACACACGCAAGGGCAGCCUGGUGGCAGAGCUGUCCACCAUCGAGUUUAGCCACCGAGAUCCUGUGUACGGCAGUAUCUGGCUGCAGUCGAAGACGGGCACUGAAUGUUUCUCGGCUUCCACAGAUGGGCAGGUCAUGUGGUGGGACAUCCGAAAGAUAAGUGAGCCCACUGAGGUUGUGAUCAUGGAUAUCACCAGAAAGGAGAAUCUGGAAAAUGCCCUGGGUGCCAUCUCCCUGGAGUUCGAGUCUACGUUGCCAACCAAGUUCAUGGUGGGCACCGAGCAGGGGAUCGUCAUUUCCUGCAACCGCAAGGCCAAGACCCCCGCGGAGAAGAUCGUGUGUACCUUCUCCGGCCACCAUGGCCCCAUCUACGCCCUCCAGAGGAACCCCUUCUACCCCAAGAACUUCCUGACCGUCGGUGACUGGACAGCCCGAAUCUGGUCCGAAGAUAGCCGGGAGUCGUCCAUUAUGUGGACCAAAUACCACAUGGCUUACCUCACCGACGGAGCCUGGAGCCCUGUGAGGCCGGCAGUUUUUUUCACUACCAAGAUGGACGGGACCCUGGACAUCUGGGACAUUGUGUUCAAGCAGUGUGACCCCGCCCUCAGCCUGAAGGUGUGCGACGAGGCCCUGUUCUGCCUCCGGGUGCAGGACAAUGGGUGUCUCAUUGCCUGUGGCUCCCAGCUGGGGACAACCACUCUUCUGGAAGUUUCCAGCGGACUCUCCACCCUCCAGAGGAACGAGAAGAACAUAGCUUCCUCCAUGUUUGAGCGGGAGACCCGGCGAGAGAAGAUUCUGGAAGCCAGGCAACGAGAGAUGCGGCUGAAGGAGAAAGGCAAAGCCGAGAGCAAGGAUGAUGACCACAAGGAUGAAGAGAUGGGCGUAAACUUGGAUGAACUGGUCAUCACGGCUGAAGAGGAGUUCCUCAGUGUCAUCCAGUCAGAGAUGAGGAGGAAGGAGGUGGAGGCCAUGAAGAAGAAGAAGCCACUAAUCUUGGAGGCAGAAGAAGAGGUGGUAGAGGAGGAAGCAGGGGAGGAAGUUAAGAGCAGCGAAGAGUCCCCAGCCUAG